AUGGCGCCUUUUCAACCCAAGUUCACCAAUGAAAUCCAGCAGAUGAUGUUCGUCGCCGGUGAGACGCAGGAAAUCGCCAACGAAACCGCCGCCCUCGUCGAGCAGAUCGUUCGCGACCAGAUCAUCCACCUGCUGACCAAGGCCAAAGAGCUCUCCGCCCGACGCGGCGAGAAGUUUAUCGCAAUCAAGGAUAUCCUGUUCCAGCUCCGCCACGACACCGCCCGGAUGACUCGCCUACAGAAUGUCAUCCGGUGGAAGAAACUCCGCGGGGAAGCCAGAAAGACAACAAAUGACAAGGAUAAGCCCGAGAACGAUGCCGAAGAUAGUUUCUCCGACACCGACAACGCGACUGAAGACACCGCCAAGAAGACCACCGAGGCUUCCGCUGCUCUCAUGCCCUGGGACGAAGAGUUCAUGUUCGCCGUUCGACCUCCCGGCGGUGACGCUGAUGCUGUCCAGAAUCAGCGAGAAAUCCCGCGAGCGCCUCAUCUGGGCCGACGAAGUCACCAGCAAGAUGUCUAG